UCUGGUCCCUGCCUGCCCUGGGUGCUCAUGGACACGGCUGCUGCUCCGCACUUCUCCCUGCCAGGCUCCCUCCUCCUCCUCCUGCUCAGCCUGUGUGCACUAGUCUCAGCCCAGCUUACUGUCGUGGGACCAGCUAGUCCCAUCCUGGCCAUGGUGGGAGAAAACACUACAUUACAUUGCCAUCUGUCACCCGAGAAAAAUGCUGAGGACAUGAGGUGGUUCCGGUCUCAGUUCUCCGCUGCAGUGUUUGUGUAUAAGGGUGGGAGAGAGAGAACAGAGGAGCAGAUGGAGGAGUACCGAGGAAUAAUCACCUUUGUGAACAAAGGCAUCAGCAGGGGCAGCGUGGCCCUGGUCGUACACAAUGUCACAGCCCAGGAGAAUGACAUCUACCGCUGUCACUUCCAAGAAGGCUGGUCCUAUGACAAGGCCAUCCUGCGCCUCGUGGUGGCAGGCCUUGGCUCUAAGCCCCUCAUUGAAAUCAAGGCCCAAGAGGAUGGGAGCAUUUGGCUGCAAUGCAUAUCUGGAGGGUGGUACCCAGAGCCCCUCACAGCGUGGAGGGACCUCUACAGUGAGAUCGUGCCCACCCUGAAGGAGGUUUCCAUUGCUGAUGCAGACGGCUUCUUCGUGGUCACCACAGCUGUGAUCAUCAGAGACAAGUCUGUGAGGAAUGUAUUCUGCUCUAUCGAAAACACCCUGCUCAGCCAGGAGAAGGAAACUGUCGUUUUUAUUCCAGAAUCCUUUAUGCCCAGCACAUCUCCGUGGAUGGUGGCCCUUGCUGUCAUCCUGACCACAACUCCCUGGAUGGUGUCCCUGGCUGUCAUCCUGGCUGUUUUCCUCAUCUUCAUGGCUGUGAGCAUCUGUUGCAUCAAGAAACUUCAAAGGGAAAAAAAGAUUCUGUCAGGGGAAAAGGAAGUUGAACAAGAGGAAAAAGAAAUUGCACAGCAACUUCAAGAAGAAUUGCGAUGGAGAACAUUCUUACAUGCUGCUGAUGUGGUCCUGGAUCCAGACACCACUCAUCCCGAGCUCUUCCUGUCAGAGGACCAGAGAAGUGUGAGACAGGGCCCCUACAGCAGAGUGCCUGACAACCCAGAGAGGUUCGACAGUCAGCCUUGUGUCCUGGGAUGGGAGAGCUUCGCCUCAGGGAAACAUGACUGGGAGGUGGAGGUGGAAAAUGUGAUGGUGUGGACUGUGGGGGUCUGUGGAGACGGUGUUGAGAGGAAAGGGGAGGUCCUGCUGAUUCCUCAGAAUGGCUUCUGGACCCUGGAGGUGUUUGGAAACCAAUACUGGGCCCUGUCCUCCCCUGAUAGGAUUCUCCCUUUGAAGGAGUCCCUUUGCUGGGUGCCCAUCUUCCUGGACUACGAAGCUGGAGAUGUCUCCUUCUACAACAUGAGGGACAGAUCGCACAUCUACACAUGUCCCCGUUCAGCAUUUUCCGUGCCUGUGAGGCCCUUCUUCAGGAUAGGGUCUGGUGACAGCCCCAUCUUCAUCUGCCCUGUACUCACAGGAGCCAGUGGGGUCACGGUGCCUGACGAGGGCCUGACACUUCACAGAGUGGGGACCCAGCAGAGCCUGUAG